AUGUCGACUAGGCCCAAGCUUCUCGUUGUCUUGACAUCUCAGGAUAUCCUACCAACUCGCGAGGACUUCAAGACUGGAUGGUAUCUUCCCGAGUUCGUUCACCCAUACAACGCUCUUGCCCCUCAUGUGGACCUCGUCAUCGCUUCUCCUAAGGGUGGUGUUGCUCCCCUCGACCCCUACUCCGUUGAGGACAGCAAAGACGAUGUAGAGUGCCAGAGAUUUCUGAAAGACAAGAAAGAUCUUUGGGAAAAAACUGAGACCCUGUCGUCUUUUAUCGGAAGGUUUGCCGAGUUUGCCGGCGUGUUCUACGUUGGCGGACACGGGCCCAUGUUUGAUCUCGCCGUCGACCAAGUCUCACAUUCUAUCAUCCGAGAGUUCUACGAAGCAGGCAAGAUUGUCUCGGCCGUCUGCCAUGGCCCCGGCGCCCUCGUCAAUGUCAAGCUCACAAACGGGGAGUACUUAGUCAAGGACAGCGAAGUUACAGGAUUUUCAAAUGCUGAAGAAGACGCCUAUAGCUUCACAGAUGCAAUGCCAUUUCUUCUAGAAACGGAACUCAGAAACCAUGGCGGGAGGUACGUGAAGGCGGAUCAGCCGUUUGGGGUGAAAGUCGUGACGAGCGGCAAGGACGGACGCUUGAUUACAGGACAGAAUCCACCUAGCGCAGGGGUUAUUGGGGACUUAUUGUUGGAAGCCAUCAGAAACCAGUAG